AUGCCAAGGGAAACAAGUUUGGUAACAAUCAUCGGUGAAGAUAGUUACAAGAAAUUACGGUCCUCAAGAUGUCUUCUGGUCGGUGCUGGGGGCAUAGGGUCUGAAUUGUUAAAGGAUAUAAUCUUGAUGGAAUUUGGUGAAAUACAUAUUGUCGAUUUGGACACCAUUGACCUUUCGAACUUAAACAGGCAAUUUCUUUUUAGACAAAAAGAUAUUAAACAACCGAAGUCUACCACAGCCGUAAAAGCAGUACAGCAUUUCAAUAACUCUAAGUUAGUGCCUUACCAAGGAAAUGUUAUGGACAUUUCUACCUUCCCACUGCAUUGGUUUGAGCAAUUUGACAUUAUCUUCAAUGCUCUUGAUAACUUGGCCGCAAGACGGUAUGUCAAUAAAAUAUCACAGUUUCUAUCACUGCCCUUAAUAGAAUCUGGAACAGCUGGAUUUGAUGGAUACAUGCAGCCUAUUAUCCCCGGGAAAACUGAGUGUUUUGAAUGUACAAAGAAGGAAACACCAAAGACUUUUCCUGUGUGUACUAUCAGGUCCACUCCUUCUCAGCCAAUUCAUUGCAUUGUUUGGGCGAAAAACUUUCUAUUUAACCAGCUAUUUGCGUCAGAGACCUCUGGAAAUGAAGAUGAUAACAACCAGGAUUGGGGUACAGAUGAUGCUGAAGAAAUUAAGCGCAUUAAACAAGAAACUAAUGAAUUGUAUGAAUUGCAAAAAAUUAUCAUAUCAAGAGAUGCAUCCCGUAUUCCAGAGAUUCUUAAUAAAUUAUUCAUUCAGGAUAUAAAUAAACUGCUAGCCAUUGAAAAUUUAUGGAAAACGAGAACAAAGCCAGUACCAUUAUCAGACUCUCAAAUAAAUACUCCUACUAAAACAGCUCAGUCUGCCUCUAAUUCUGUUGGCACAAUACAGGAGCAAAUUAGUAAUUUCAUUAAUAUUACACAAAAAUUAAUGGAUCGCUAUCCCAAAGAGCAAAAUCAUAUUGAAUUUGAUAAAGAUGAUGCUGAUACUUUGGAAUUCGUCGCAACUGCUGCGAACAUAAGGUCACACAUAUUCAAUAUUCCAAUGAAGUCCGUAUUUGACAUCAAGCAAAUUGCUGGUAACAUUAUCCCGGCUAUUGCAACAACGAAUGCUAUCGUUGCCGGUGCAUCGUCAUUGAUUUCACUGCGCGUUUUAAAUCUUUUGAAAUAUGCCCCAACUACUAAGUAUACUGAUUUGAAUAUGGCUUUCACAGCAAAGGCAAGCAAUCUAUCCCAAAAUCGUUAUUUAUCAAAUCCGAAACUAGCCCCUCCAAAUAAAAAUUGCCCAGUUUGCUCUAAAGUUUGUAGAGGUGUUAUUAAGUUAUCCAGCGAUUGUUUGAACAAAAUGAAACUAAGUGAUUUUGUAGUUUUAAUACGCGAGAAGUACUCAUAUCCACAGGAUAUUUCGCUCCUGGACGCAAGUAAUCAAAGGUUACUAUUUGAUUACGAUUUCGAGGAUUUGAACGAUCGUACUUUAUCGGAGAUUAAUCUUGGAAAUGGUUCUAUAAUAUUAUUCUCCGACGAAGAAGGUGAUACAAUGAUCCGCAAAGCCAUAGAAUUAUUUCUUGAUGUUGAUGAUGAACUCCCAUGUAAUACUUGCAGCUUACCGGACGUUGAAGUCCCAUUAAUAAAGGCCAACAAUAGUCCUUCAAAAAAUGAAGAAGAAGAAAAAAAUGAAAAGGGUGCAGAUGUAGUCGCAACUACGAACAGUCAUGGGAAAGAUGGUAUCGUGAUAUUAGACGACGAUGAAGGUGAGAUCACCAUCGAUGCUGAACCGAUCAAUGGUUCAAAGAAGAGGCCAGUUGAUACUGAGAUUUCUGAGGCGCCCAGUAACAAAAGGACAAAGUUAGUUAAUGAACCGACUAAUUCUGAUAUUGUUGAAUUAGACUAA